UGCGCAUGCUCACUGGGCCAAGACAAGUUAAUUUGUAACCGUUUGCAGCUCACGGUUUUAGAAAAAAACCUAUCUGGAUUUCAGGGCUUCACAAUGUGGAGGCAGCCGCAUCGCCGCACAUAAAUAAACUGGGUGUGCUUCACGUCUUUGAUCGUUCUCGUGGAUCCUAAACAUCGAUUUUGAUGUUGUCAUGUGCUAAGGACAGAGCAAUGCGCGGAAAAAGGGAUUAUGUUUGUACAAAAGAAAGGACCACCACGCUUUGGCCCCUACUUCUCUCUAUCGCACUUUUAACAUUUAUAUGUAAAGGUGACGACAGCACUUGCAGUGGCGCGUUUGAUUUAUAUUUUGUGCUGGAUAGGUCCAGCAGUGUGUCAGACAACUGGCAGGAGAUAUAUGGAUUUGUGAAGCAGCUAACAAAUCGCUUUGUAAGUCCAAAGAUGAGGGUCUCAUUCAUUGUCUUCUCCUCCAAAGCGGAAGUGAUUCUGCACCUUACUAGAGACAGAGCUGCUAUAGAUGAGGGGUUAGAACGCUUGAGUAGGAUCAGACCUGCAGGUGAGACAUACAUGCAUGAGGGGAUAAUAAAGGCCAUAGAGCAAAUGAAAGCUCAAGACAGAAGAGGAUCAAGCAUUGUCAUAGCACUGACUGAUGGGAAAUUGGACAUCUAUCCUCAUGACCUCACAGUGAAGCAGGCUGAUCUAGCCAGAGAGUAUGGUGCACGUGUUUACUGCGUGGGGGUGAAGGACUUUGAUGCUCAGCAACUUGCUGAUAUUGCUGACAGCAUGGAUCAGGUGUUUCCAGUAUUAGAUGGAUUCCAUACACUCAAGUCUAUCAUCGAUUCUAUACUACAGAAAUCAUGCAUAGAGAUUUUUGAUAUUGAGCCCUCCAGCGUUUGUGUGAAUGAAUCAUUCAACAUUGUUCUGAGAGGGAGGGGCUUCUCUCAGGGGCAGGGCUUAGAAAGUGUGUUGUGCACAUUCUCUGUCAAUCAACAAGAGGCCGACAUUAAGAGGCCGAGUGUUGUGAAGGAUGACUAUGUGCUGUGUCCCGCGGUAGUGCUGACCGAAGUUGGACACUCCAUUGAAGUGCUAAUUAGCUUUGAUCAUGGACAAUCCUAUAUUUCCAGCCCCUUCACAAUAUAUGCCACAACAUGUUCAAAUGGAAUGGUAGUGCCCCUGGUACUGCUGGUGCUGGUGCUGUUGUUGGGUGUGCUGCUGCUCUGGUGGUUCUGGCCUCUCUGCUGCACUGUGGUCAUUAGGGAUCCUCCUCCAUCUCGACCUCCUCCCCCACCCCCACCUCCUGAGCCAGAGGUGGACCCAUUCCCUAAGAAAAAGUGGCCCACUGUGGAUGCUUCCUAUUAUGGAGGGAGAGGUGCUGGAGGGAUCAAACGCAUGGAGGUUCACUGGGGAGAGAAAGGUUCCACAGAGGAAGGCGCACGACUGGAGAAAGCCAAAAAUGCCAUAGUCAAGAUGCCCGAAAAGGAGGUGGAAGAACCCAUUGUAAAAGCUCCUCCGAGGCCGCCACCUCCCUAUCACCCUCCAACUCUAUCCAAAUGGUACACACCAAUUAAGGGGCGUUGUGAUGCCUUGAUGGCACUGCUACGGCGACAGUAUGACCGAGUUGCUGUCAUGAGACCUAUAGCAGGUGACAAGGGGCGCUGCAUCAAGUUCACGAGGAUUCAGAGACGAUAGGCCAACUACUACUUGUUUUGUUUUUUGUUUGUUUAUUUGUUUUGUUUGGUUUUUGGGGUUUUUUAAGUGCCUAAUUUGGAAUAUUUAA